UUUGCAGAGGCUAUUUCAAAGCUUGAGGAGGCCAUUUCUCUGAAUCCCAACAAGCACGAUGCUCUUUGGUGCCUGGGAAAUGCUCUCACUUCACAAGCAUUUUUAAACCCAGACCCGGAUGAAGCUAAAGUUCAUUUUGACAGGGCAGCUGUGUACUUUCAACAAGCUGUUGAUGAGGACCCUUCAAAUGAACUUUACCGCAAAUCAUUGGAAGUCGCUGCUAAGGCUCCCGAGCUACAUGUAGAAAUCCAUAAGCAUGGAUUAGGUCAGCAAUCAGCAGGGUCGGCUGGGCCUUCUUCUUCUUCUGGUGCAAAGACUCAAAAGAAAAAGAUAGACAGUGAUCUGAAAUAUGACAUAUUUGGAUGGAUAAUCUUGGCUGUUGGCAUUGUUACAUGGGUGGGGUUAGCAAAAUCGAACCUUCCACCACCGCCUCCUCCUCCACGAUAAGUGAACCCAUUUCAUUUAAUUUGAUACAUUGUUGGUUAUUGAGAAUCACAUCUGAUUUCGGCAGCCACUUGUUGUUUCGUUUUUGACUGUUGUAAUAAUUUUCAUGAUGCAACCAUUAAUCUACCCA